ACAUUGGCCAAUUGCAGGAAAUUGGCACAAUAGCUCUACGCUUUACAAAUCAUCAUCAUUGAUUGGUUGCAAACACGGCAGGACAAGGACAGGAUGGCAAUUUAAAAUAUGGCCCUGUCGUUACGCUCUUGGUGCAUUUCUGAUUACUCCCUCUCUGUCCUCUAAACUUAAUGGAUUGCAUCUACUUAAGCCCCACGGCUGCCCUGCGAUUCAGAAAUUCCACAUAACCUUUUCUUUUAUGUUUGGAAAAAUGGUAUUUCCGAUGCAGGAAGAAUCAACUUCGUUAGCUAACAAGAUUCAAGAAUCUGGAUCCAGAGCCAGUGAUCAUGAUGAAUGGUUGAGUUUAAGCCUAAACUCAGAGGAAUCUGCUAUGAUAGUUACAGAAACAUCGGAAGGUCCGCAGCAUCCUUUGAGCAAUGGCAAGCUGUACUCGUGCAAUUAUUGUACGAGGAAGUUUUGCCGUUCACAAGCGUUGGGAGGCCAUCAAAAUGCACACAAGAUCGAAAGAAGGCAAUUCAAAAGGUAUCAUCAUCAACAAUCUCGGAAUAUCAUGAUGUUGCCGAAUGAUCAUCCUUUCAUGAAUAGUUCUUCAGUUUCAUCAUCAGCCGCAGCAAUAUCUUUAGGCCUGCAGGCCCAUGCUCUUACAGUACAUAAACCUAGCAAAGGUGGAGUAAUUACCUCGGCUGCCAGAUUCAGUUGGAACAACCACAACAACAACAACAACAACAACGUAAGAAUACCCGUUAAUGUCAUGAGUCACGAGUCAAUGGUGAUGUGGCCCGGGAGCUUACAAGCUGCUACCAAUGAUUCUCCAAAACAGCUCGACUUAAAUCUUCGAUUAUAAGAGUGUAUGUGUUGUUUUUCCGUGUGUUUUCCAAUCAUCGAUGAAUUUUGGGAGACCAAAUAAAUUUCGACAUGAUUCCACAAUACUUGUGUAAGCAAGUAAUUUCUCAAAAAAUAAGAAUUUAAAGUGCCUAAAGGCAGCUGCACAGAGAUACCAUAGAGCUUGCAUUGUCAUAAUUUAGGAUGUAGAAGCAAAACCCAUUAUUUGGUCAACUAAGAGAAUCCCCAAUGUUGCACCAAUUCAGCAAAUUGUUGGAGAAUUUGAUGUAUUUCUACUCCAAUAUAGCAGCAAAACAGAAAAAACAAAAAGUAAAGUGUUGAUUUUGCUACAGUACAUCACCAAAUUUGAUACUAUGCUGUAGAUGCAGCAAUGGGGUGUCCCCUAACGUUGUUUCUUUUACCUUUG